UACUAGAUAUAUUAUAUAAAUUGAUAAAUUAGAUUAAAAUUUUCUUAUCUGAAGAAAAUAAGAAAAAUGACGAACGUACCAGCAUCGUGGAAUAUUUGCGCUUCUCCGCCUACUGGUAUAUGCUAUGUACAAACACGCCCAACAAGUGGUACUAACAUUGAGUACGCUAAAAAGACAAAAUGCUCCGUUAUAGGAGUGGCCGUAACAGAACUUAUAUUCGGGAUCUGUUUGGUUGGCCUUGGCAUUGCAAUACUGCCAGUUUGUACCAGUGAAAUGGGAUGUGACUACCCAUAUUAUGGCGACUAUUAUUACUACUACUAUGGAAUAUGGUCGAAGAUGGGAACUAAUAUAUGGGGAGGAGCUUUGGUGAUUCUGUUUUCAUGUUUUGGACUCGCUCAAGGCUGCAGCCCUUCUACUUGUACGGUACGUUUUAUAUAAUUAUAUCACCAAUCAAAGCUGUGGAGUAUCUGGUAUC